ACAUUUUUGUUGUUGUUUUCUUUUAACUUUCUUCAGUUCACCGUCUGAAAAUGAAUUCAGAGUUAGAUGAGGACCGUUUGUUUCUGGAGCGGGCUCUGGAUUCACUUUAUGACUUUGGACCAGAAACAAAAAAGAAGGUCAAAACCCAAAAGAAGAAAAAACGAAAACGAUGUGAAGAAGAAGAAGAAAAACUUGAUGCAGUGAAGGAAACCUGCAGCAACGAUGAAGACAGCAGAGAUGCUGAGAUUCAGCAACCAAACACCGAACUGAAAGAGUCAAAUGUUAAGCUGCAGAACAAAGUGGAGGUUGUCACAUUUCAGGAUCCCAGGAAGAAAAUCAAAACCAAACAGUUUCCAGUCUCAACCAGGAUCCCAGUUAAAUCACCGCAGGCGUCGCGCUCGUCACGCCAGGAUUCUCUGCAAGCAGAGCAGAAACAAAUCAACCAGGAAGAACAGCUCAGUUUGGAAAAGGCUCGGCUGGACGUCCAUCGGUUUGGAAUAACGGGCUACAGGAAGGAGCAGCAGCGCGUUUUUGAGCAGGACAGAGCCAUAAUGCUGGGAGCCAGACCUCCAAAGAAGGAGUACGUGAACUACAAGGUGCUGCAGGAACAAAUCAAAGAGAAGAAGCAGAAACAAAACGAGGAGCUUCAGCCGGACAAGAAGAAAAAGAAGAAGAGUAAUCAAAGAGACAAAAAGAAACAACCAGCCUCUGGUUCUGCUUCUGGUUCUGGUCAGGUGGGUCAGUUCAAGAACGGCAUGCUGAUCCUCAGUUCGAAGGAGAUCCAGAAAAUCAAAGGCAAAAGGUGAAGGGAAAAGGUGGGAUUAAUCCAAAGGAGCAAGACGGAAACGGCAGCAGACUGGAGGAAACAAUCCUGAUAAGACACUGACCUGUAGCAAUAGCUGGAAUGAUUCAAGAGUCAGACAUCUUGAGCAGGGAAUCGUGGCUGGACGUAAACAUGCCAACACAAAGAGACUUGGGCAGAUUAAUUUCAGACCCCACUUUAUUUAUUUCCCUUCUUAUAAAGUACCCAAAAAAGGAGACAAAGCUGUUUCUUAUAUUUUUCAUGUUUAGGUUUUAAAAAUUAUGGAAUUGA